UAUGUAAAGUUGAACAUUUGCGCUUCAAAAUGUGAUUGAAUCUCUAAUAGUGUAGCGUUAAAUUAAAUAUUUGUUAACAUGUACAUAGCGUAUAUAUCUUUUUCGAUUUUAAUUUUGCUCUCGAUCUUUCAGACUGUUGCCCAACAUUCUACAGAAGAUAACAGUGCUAUCAAAAUUUCUCCAAGAAAUGUGGUGCUUAAUAAUUCAAAGUUUAACAAUUCCUUAAAUCUGACAAAUAGAAGACAAAUAUUCCAGCCUGAAAGAAGCGAGUUCUAUGAUCCCAACUGGGGCUACGAGCCCUAUUGGAUCCAUGGUGACUACUACUUCAAUAUCACCAACACCACCAUCAUCGACCCGAGGCUCAACAUAAGCACCAUCUGCGGAGGACCUUGCCCAUAUAUCUUCACUAUCUACGGAGUAAUUUGCGCGAGGAACAAUAAUAUGACCCACAGAACAUUCAAGAAUUAUUGCGAGCUAGUCGACAUAGACUGCAAUAAUCGCAUGAAAUGGACAAUCAUAUACCGAGGAGAGUGUCACGAGGCUCUUAAGCCGUAUCCGCUCUGGUUGGCCAACGCCGAAGCCGACAUCCCGAAGCGAGCCGUACAAUAUGUCGAGGACUUCGAAAAGGCAUACCCGAAGACAUCGACAUUAUCCGUGUUACAGCAAGAGAUGAUGGAAAGAGGAAAACAAUAAACAGCUGAUUUUUUAA